AAAAAGGAGGGGCACGAGGAGCCAGCGCAGCGCGGCGCGGAGACCGUUGCCCAUUUCGCCCUCCCAAUCAAACGAACGAACUUCUCUUCCCCUUCUUCUUCUCCCUGCCGGAUCUUCCCAGAUCGACCGGGGUUCCGGUGCCCUGGGAGGGAAGCAUGGCGAGGACCCUCGACGGCUGCUACUCCGCCAAAGACGUGUCCUACAGCUGUGGAUACUGUGGCUAUGAAUUGAACUUGAGCUCCUCGACGCGGAACACAGCCAACAUUGGUUCAAAGUACGGGAAGCAGAUCAGGAAAGGUGUUAUCUCUUUCUUUGUGAUUGAUGAGAGCCGGUUCACGCAAACCGAUGAGGUGAGCUGCACCUCGAGAUGUUCUGGGGGUUUCUUCAGAAACAGGACUCGAUUGGUCUGCCGCAAGUGCGGUGGUCAUAUCGGGGAUGCUUAUGAGGAUGAGGACUCCACCUUCGAUGGUAGCUUAGAUGGCACACAUACCAGCUCCGAUGGCAGCAGCUUGUCUAUUCGGAAGAAAUAUGUUAUCAAGAUUAAUGCACUGCAGCCCUCGUCCGAUGACUCAGGUGUUCCCUCCACCCUAUGACAACAAUCUGAACUGCUGCGCUGUUGUUCUGCGAAACGGGUAUAUGCAGCAUCAAAAUUCAAGAACCUCAUACUGCUCAGAGCUUCUGAGGGAAAUUUGCCAUCUAUAUGCUGCUUCAGUCAUCUCCCUGCCCAUAGUUAAUAGUGAUUUUUCAUUUCUUUUCUGCACAGGUAUACAUGUAUGUUUUUAACAGGAGUGAUAAAUUUUGGUUGUGUGAAUAUUAUAAAAUGGGAGGGUCUUUUUUGUUGUGUACUUCAGUGCAUGUGUAUAUCUUACGACCUGAUUGUUUGAACCAUGCUUGUGAUACUGAAUCGUCUAGAUGUAUCAAGUGUUCAGGUUCA